AUUAAUGUUUGGUCCUCAUGGCAGACGACAGAAGUAAGCGCAAAGAAUGGUUGCAUUGCAAAAAUGCAAAGAUUCCCAGAACUACAGCUUGGAGAAGCAAAACAGUUGAAAAAGGGAAUCUUGGUGAAUGUUCCACGUUUGAUUCAUCGACCAGAAUGUCGAUCGAUCCCGAAGAAAGUGCCCAAUCUUCGAGCCGUGUAUUUGAGAACGAUUCGAUGUUAACGUUUUUGAAUGAGACUUAUUUACAAAGCGAUCAGUCUUCUACUCAGCCUCCCACUUCCACGACAGAGAGUGGUGAUUCCGAUCCAGCCAAUCUCGAAGUUGAAGUUGAUGAAUUUUCUUCAUUUUUCGUUGAUCCAGAGAGUAAUUCUGUGGCUUGCAGUAGCGAGGAAUCAUCGGAAAGUGACACUGAAAGUUCUGAUUGCAGCUCAGACAGCGAGUUUGACGGCGAGCAAGAUGAAACAAGGGACACUAUUGAGGAGCCCGCAAAAAGCAAUGAAGAUUUGGGAGGUGAUGAUAUACCUCUUUACAACGGUGCUAGCGUAUCACGGCUCGGAGCUCUCGUGCUUGUGAUGCUUUUCAGUUUAAGACACCAGCUCUCAGGACAAGCUUUAAUUGAUUUGGUGAAAGUAUUGCAUGCUUUACUGCCUGUUGGCCAUAGAUUUGUGGCUUCCGCUUUCUUACUGAAGAAGUACUUCGCUGAUUUAUUUUGCGAACCUCCACCGAAGAAGCACUCUUAUUGUGGCAACUGCCUUGGUAGAAUACAGAACGGUCAAACAGAAUGCCUUAAAGAAAAAUGUCAGAAAUCGAAAAAGAAGAUUGAACACUUCUUGGAGCUGGAUUUACACAUGCGUCUUUGUCAGCUGUAUCGAGAUGCAGAGUUUGUUAGAUUGUUGGGAUAUCGAUUUGAUAAUGGUUUCCUUGAUGAUGAUGACAUAUGUGACAUAUUCAGUGGACAAGAGUACCGCAAACUCAUGCAGCCUGGUGGCAUUCUUAGCCAAGACAACCCUCUGAACAUCUCAUUCUCGUUCAAUACAGAUGGUGUUGCACCCUACAAGUCAUCUAAUAAACAAAAUUUCUGGCCUAUUUUCCUGGUUAUCAAUGAACUUCCUCCUAGACUGAGGUGUUCUAGAAGGUAUAUGUUCCUUGCUGGUCUCUGGUGUUCCAAGAAAAAGCCAAACAUGCAAACAUUCUGUCGGCCAAUAAUUGAAAGCAUCAGUGGCCUUUACCGCAGUGGCCUCACGGUUGUGACACCUACUGGGCAACAAAAGGUCAUAAAGGCAACCCUUCUGUUGUCAUCUGCUGAUCUUCCAGCAAAGUCUCUUAUGGCCAACAUGAAACAGUUCAAUGGGGAGAAGGGCUGCUCAGUGUGUGAAGAUAAAGGGGAGACAGUAGGAGUUGGUGGGUUGCACAGAAUUUGGCCCUAUACCUCUGAUAUGGUACUAAGGACACACAAGUCUGUGGUUGCAUCCAUCCGCAAAGUUGUCAAGACUGGAAAACCGGUCAAUGGAAUAAAGGGUGCUUCUGUGUUUUUACUUUUUAAACCAUUUGACCUUGUGAAGGGUUUUGUUAUUGACUGGAUGCACUCUGUAUGCCUUGGAGUUACAAAAUCUAUGAUACAUUUGUGGCUAAAUGCAGAGAACCGUGGAAAAGAAUUCUUCCUAGGAUCAAGGAUUGCGCUGUUGAAUAAAAGAUUGUUGUCUAUAAAAGUUCCUGACAUAAUCACCCGUUGUCCAAGAAGUCUUGCAGAUCGUGGAACUUGGAAAGCUACAGAGUAUAGAAAUUGGCUUCUUCACUAUUCUGUACCAGUGCUGAAAGGUGUUCUUCCAGAUUAUUACUUCCUCCACUACACUUUGUUAGUGACAGCUAUAGCCAUCCUUGUAAGUGACAGAAUAACCCCUGAACAGCUCAAGCUGGCUGAGGAGCUUUUGGACAAUUUUUGUAAAUUGUUGCCAGAACUUUAUGGAGAAAGCAGCCAGACUCAUAAUUUCCAUCUUCUCAGACAUCUGACAUACUUUGUUAAGUUGUUUGGUCCACUUUGGGUGUACUCUUGCUUUGGCUUUGAAGCACUCAAUGGCUUUCUAACUACCAUGAUUCAUGGAACUCAGCAUAUUUCUAAUCAGGUGACAAAAAUUUAACUGUUGAUAUAUUUUAGUCAAAUAUGAUGUGAAAUGAAUACUACUACUUAGACUGUGGACACAUUACACUUUAUUAAUUUCAAGAUUGGCAUGCCCACAACUAGUUGAGGCUUAUCAAGGUAGGCCAUGCCUUAAUAGCAAAAUUUCAAAAUAAACAAAUUAACAACAGGAACUAACUAUGAGAGGAGAAGGGAAAAAAAUAAAGGCAAGAAAAACCACACAUUGACCUAAUCAAAAAUAGUACACACAUAAAACUACUAUGUAUGUUUAAAAAUGGGAGGAAACAGAUCAGAUUCAUAUCAGGAACUUUGAAUCAAGCUUG